AUGAGCGUCUCUCCCCGUGCUGGAACGCGGUCAUCAUUUGUAGAAGUCAAAUUGCGAGUGGUUUGUGCUGUGUCCUGCCGAAUGCCGAUGGCUAGCCAGCGGGGAUUUGCGCCCUGCGGGGCGAAGUUCCGCCGUCUCGUUUUUUAUCUUUUCAUCUUUGCAGCAGCCUUGACAUCAAAUCUUUCCGAUGUGCUUGGCAGUUUCAUAUCGGACCCUGACUUUUUCUGUCAGCAUGGCCCCUGUCGAUUCCGGGGGGAGUAUUCCCUCUGGCCAGCCCGUCCGCGACAAGGGAGCACACGCCAUGUAAUAUCCAUCAGUCACGUGAAAGGGAUUUCCUUUCUACAGGAAACGGAGAGUUCACCGGAUCGACCACUUCCUGAUCCAGAAUCGAGAACUAAACUGUUGGUAUCUCUUUCAACCGGACACUAUGGACAAUGGAUGACGGCUGACGACGAGCAAGGCCGGACCAAAUUAGCGGAGUCUGUUUCACGCCUGACUCGCUCACAAUUACUAGAAGGCAUGUCCCAAAAACUGAUGGCCGUUCUAGACCACGCAAUUCCAGAAGGAACCGACAUCGUCGUCGAGCCAGUACCGGGUUUUCAGGAGGGUGAUCAUCGGGUCCAGGCAUUCAGGAGAGGAGAGGCGCUCGGCACCGGCUCUUUCAAUGUCGUUGUAAAGGCAACCCCUGUUCCAAUGCCCUCAGGCGUCUCUAUUGUCCAGAGGCCCAAGUAUGCACUGAGUCCAAGUUUAUCUACGAAAUUUACUCGAGCCGUUACGACUGGGGCGGGACCGGCUGCGGGACCACAAGCCCAUGCCACAGAGGGGGCAUCACAUGAUGCUGCUUUCCCGCCAGAAGGCGUAGCCCUGAGAAUAACAACAGCCCGCGCAAGAUCUGUCAUGGGUGAACUGGAAGCGGAAGAUAAGUGCGUUUCCUUGGUACGUUCGUACGAGAGUUUGAAGCGUAAACUACCUUCAGGCUUCUCGAGCGAAGAGCUGCUUAACAAAUUUGGCCUUGCUGUCCCCUUAAUGGCGGGCCAGAUUAGAGGACGUCCAUCAUUGCUUCGACAGGAACACAAUAGAUCGGUGGUAAACUUCGUGCAAGUGCUUCCAGUUAUGGUGUGCGAUGUCCAAAACGUACGCAGCGGCGACCGACACGUCGCUACGUUUCUGGUCAAACGCAUGAUACAGCUGGGAGCAUUUUUGGGGGCUGCAGGUAUCGUACAUGGGGACAUAAAGCUCGAAAACGUUCUCGUCAGCAGGACAGGCCAGUUGUUUUUGACGGAUUUCGACGCCUUAGUACGAGUGAAUGACCUCAUCGUAUGCGGUAAGAAAAAUACCCCCGAGUUUUCGCCCCCGGAGUUGGUGCGAUGCAUUCUUGACACACCACAGGAAAAGAUACCUGCCACCGAGCUUGUAGAUGCCUGGAGUUUUGGGAUGGCAGCUUGGGAUGUUUUGUGCAUGACAUGGCCUUUUGCGGGAAUGGACUUCGCGGCACGUGCUAUCCAUAAUAUGAAUGUACUUGCUGCGCUGCCUGAGGUUGGCGACGACACAAGGAGCCUAGACUGGGGCCGGUGUAAAAGACGACCGCCGUCUGCAGAGGUGAGGGCUGCAGUCGAAUGCCUUCUCGAUAGAAACCCCCGAACCCGCUGCACGGCCUUGGACCUGUUCAUGUCUUCACCGCUUUUCGCUGCUGGACGACCAGUGUCACCGGAACCAAGUCCAGGUCUAGCUUCGGAGGUCAAUUAA